AUGGUCUACACGGGGUAUGAGAGCGCGCUUGAUGAUGGACACGCUGAGUCCUGGUCAAAGUUGGCGGUCGGCAUGGGCUUCAUGUUGGGCAGGCCGUCACCUGCAAGCCAGCGGGCGCUCUCGUACCUCGCGCGGACGAUCUUCGCGAACACGGGCGAGGAGAGCUCUGUCCUCGUCAGCACCAUGACGCAGCAGUACGGCGAGGAGGACAAGUUUGCGUGGAGCUACGACACGUGCAAAGGUGUUGCCGGCGGCCCGAAGAUCACAAAAGAUGGUGUUACGGUCGCCAAGUCAAUACAGCUGAAGGACAAGUUCAAGAACCUCGGUGUUCACCUCGUUCAGGAUUUCGCCUCCAAGACGAACAAGAUUGUUGGUGACGGCACGACCACCACAACCAUCCCCGUGCGCGCCAUCUACGCGGAAGGUGUGAAGAACAUCGCCGCCGGCUGCAACCCCAUGGGCCUCCGCCGCGGUUCCCAGGCCGCUGUCGAGCGCGUCGUCGAGUUCCUCUCUUCGCACGCAAAGACCAUCACCACCACCACCGAGAUUGCCCAGGCCAUGGAGAAGGUCGGCAAGGAGGGCGUUAUCACCGUCAAGAAGGCCCGCACGAUCAACGACGAGAUCGAGCUUACCGAGGGCAUGCGCUUCAACCACGGCUUCAUCUCCCUGUACUUCGUCACCGACGUCAAGAGCCAGAAGGCCAAGUUCGAGAAGCCCCUCGUCCUCAGUGAAUCGAAGAUCAGCCGUCUCCAGGAUAUCCUCCUGCGGACGUGGUGUUUGCGAGGGUCACGGUUGGAAGAUAUGCAGCAUUACUCCUCACCGUGCACGCCGCCCGUCCAUCAGAACUUCUCUGAUUUCGGUUACGGGCUGUGA